AGCAUACAUUUUUGUGCCUCACAUGCGUAAAACUGAAUAACAAACUUUGAUUAUGGUUAAAUCUUGUAAGAUUUUAGAUACAGCAUCGCCUUCAUCAGUUGUGAUCUCUUCGUCGGAUUCAUCUGAUGGUGAAGAAGAUGGAUAUCCUUUGUCCUCCAUAACAGUGGUGGAGGCUGAAUCUGAUAGUUUUUUGCAAGAAGACCUUGGAAUUACCUCAGACCUAGUAUCCAAAGCCAUCAGGACUAUUGACAAUACAACAAGUUGGACGAACCAGAAUGACUACGGCACUCAAAUGAUGGCGACUGAAGAACUUCAGUUUAUCAGGACUGUCUUGGGCAGGCUUGAGUGCUCCUUUGCCAGGCAGGAGGCCAAGAUGGAUCGCAUCCUAACCUUGCUGACAUCUUCAACUUCUUUGCUGCAAAUUCCCCUGUGUCCGUCCUUCACACCAGUUAACUCACAUUUUACGACGCCAUUGCCGACCGAUUCUUCCGCUGAAUUUCCACCGCCCCCUGUCACGCCUAGGCCGAACUGGUACAGUUGCAGUUGGAGGAAAUGCUAA